AUGGAGGAAUAUGAUCCCGCCCAGGAGGGCGAGGAUGGUAGCAUGACCGGCCCUGGCGCUCCUACGCCUCUCACGGCUCUCGAGGGCAUUGCAGGCCUCACCAAGCGUGAUAUCCAGCUUGUUGUUGAUGGCGGAUUCAACACCGUCGAGUCGGUGGCCUAUACGCCACGCAGAGUUCUUGAGCAGAUCAAAGGCAUUUCAGAACAGAAAGCCGCCAAGAUCCUCGGAGAGGCGUCUAAGCUGGUUCCCAUGGGCUUCACUACUGCCACAGAGAUGCACCAGCGCCGCAGUGAGCUAAUAUCGAUCACAACUGGUUCAAAGAACCUCGACACACUUCUCGCUGGCGGUGUUGAGACUGGUUCCGUGACCGAGAUUUUCGGUGAAUUCAGGACUGGCAAAUCUCAGAUAUGCCACACACUUGCGGUGACUUGCCAACUUCCAUUUGACAUGGGAGGUGGCGAAGGCAAGUGUCUAUACAUCGAUACUGAGGGCACUUUCCGACCGGUCCGGCUCCUCUCCGUCGCGAACCGCUAUGGUCUGUCCGGCGAAGAGGUCCUUGAUAAUGUGGCUUAUGCCCGUGCUUACAACUCCGAUCACCAACUGCAACUUCUGAAUCAAGCAGCCGCGAUGAUGUGCGAGACGAGAUUUUCCCUUCUGAUUGUCGACUCGGCCACAUCUCUGUAUCGCACAGAUUUCCUGGGGCGAGGAGAGUUGAGCAGUCGUCAGACACAUCUAGCCAAGUUCAUGCGAACUCUGCAGCGACUGGCUGAUGAGUUCGGCAUUGCGGUCGUUAUCACAAAUCAGGUCGUGGCCCAGGUCGAUGGUGGCCCAUCUGCGAUGUUCAACCCAGACCCGAAGAAACCCAUUGGGGGCAACAUCAUUGCUCACGCCAGUACGACGCGAAUCAGCUUGAAGAAGGGCCGAGGAGAGACGAGAAUCGCCAAGAUUUAUGACAGUCCAUGCUUACCCGAGAGUGACACAUUGUUUGCCAUCAACGAGGACGGUAUUGGCGACCCGAGCCCGAAGGACAUGGAGAAGGCCGGAUGA